UCAGUUCACAUGACUUCCUUGAUGUUGAUAACAGCUCUGCACGCAUAAAUAUGCUAUAGCUAUAGAACUGCGACCAGUUCGUUGGUCCCAACGUCGCUCCUCUGCUUUUCACCUACUUCUUCUGCGCGAAUAGUAUUAGUACCUGGUGACUGUAGAGCGCCUUGCGGGGUAAAACACCUCGCUCCAGCGCGCUUUGGUGACCUCAGACGAGCAAGGGGUUCCUGCUUCGCCCAACGAUGCACACGAUGCUGCAGCGGCAGCUGGGACACUCUGGCUCUUUGAGCCGACAGGCCUCCUCGGAGCUGCCUUCGCCCGCGGCCAAGUCGAAAGGUGUAUCACGCAGCAACAGCUUCAAUCGCAGGGCUUUUGGCUGCAUUCCUUCCUCGCGCUCGCGCCCAUCGCUUUUAGUAUCAUGCAGCGGGCCUAUCGGGCCGCUUGGCGGUGACUUUACGGACGAGCACCACUCGCCCGCUGGGCCCAGCGCCAGCGCCAGCCACACGCCACACGGCGCCUACUCGCACGGCGGCCCGCAGCCGCUGGCGCCCCCCAGCCCCCAGCCGCAGCCCCCCACCUGGGAGUUCUCCCCGGAGCCGUACGUGCCCGCGCCCGCCAACCUGCCCGCCUACGAGCUGGAUGAGGGCAUCCCAACAGGCGGCGCCGACCCGGAGCCCCUGCUGUUCUUCCCGCCCCGCACCUCCGCGUCCUCAGACGCCUCCGGCGCCUCCGCCGCCUCGCCCACGUCGGCCGCCGGCCCGUCGGCCGGCUUCCGCGUCCCAGACGUCUUCAUCCCACCCCUCUCGGCCUCUUCGUCUUCCUCCCAGCCGCACCCCCAGCACCCACAGCACCCCCAACAGCCCCUGCAUGGCGGCGCGGGCAGCAACCAGGUGCCCAACGGCCUGCCACGUGGCAUGGGGAAAACCGCUGGAGCCGCCGCCGGCGGCGGCGGCGGCGGCAAAGGCCCGUCUGACUCGUUGUGGACGCUGACGGACCAGCCUGGUGUGGACUUGUUCCGGGCGGGGCCGGCGGUGUGGAAUCGGCUGCGGCAGGUUUACGUGAUCUUGUUUGGUGUGGGCGAGCGAGACACGGAGGGCAUCUAUUCGCUGCGCGCCUUCCGGCCCGAUGACGGACUGCCGCACGAGACCAUAAUCGCGUUCGAGUGCGAGGAGGAAGCCACACGCUACGCCUGCCUUCUGGAGGCGAGCAUGGACCACACACCGCACGUGUGCUCCAUCCCGCCGCGCGAGCUGCUCAGCUUCUGCCUGGACCAGACCUACUCGUGCCGCCUGGAGCCUCGCGGCUCGUUGCUCAUCCCACCCGACUUCAACGUUAGCGUCACCGAUUGGGAGCGAAGCCUGCGCCUGCGCGAGGGCAAGUUCGCCGUACUGGAAGCCGACCCAGAUCACAGCGCCGCCGCCACCGCAACCGCAACCGUCACCACCACGCUCGCGCCGGCGGCGCGCCCGCCCUCGGAGAGCGGUAUGGUGGCGCCGCCGCCGGAGGCGGCGGCGGCAGCACCUGGCCCCGCGGCGGCGGCGGCAGCGGCGCCUAGUGGCGGCGGCGCUGAUGCGGACGCUGGGGUGCAGCCGCCGUCGACACUGGCACGCUACUCGGGUCUCAGCAGUGACGAGCUCGCGGACAUUCGGGCUCGGCUGGAGCGCCUGUUGUCGCAGUAAGGGCGCAAGCAACGGGACCGCCGGCCGCGACAGCCACGGUUGCGGCCUGGAAAUGGCCGCGGCGUCAAGCGGCGGAGAUAGCUGCGAGGAGCACGUAAGCGUCGAAGAUAAAGCACGCACGUGCGGGCCGUGAGUUUGCCGCGCGCGCAGCACAGGCGCGGUACAGGCCAUAGGGAUUGUAUCACCAGUAAAUUAUCAGGCUUGACUUGCUGCCAAGAUAGGUGCCAAAACAGGAAAUCAAAAUACACGCACACGGGCAAAACACACGGGGCGCUGACGGCGCCCGCACGGCCGCCGACGGCGCUGCAUAGCCGUUCUUUUGUCCUGACGUCCGCCGCAAUUUCAGUUUUGCCUUUUUUGAUCUGUAAGUGCAAGCGGCGGGCGACGUUUGAUAUUUGUGUGGGACUUGAGCAAGGGCCCAGGCGGUUUUCCUCUAUGAUAGCAGGCGUUUGAUCAAUUAGAGUGAGUGUGGGCUUUUGUGAUUGCUAUCACGCCCACCAUGGACGGUGGUACGGUCUGUGUUGGGCUGACCCAUGUGUGAAGCCGUCGCGGGGAUUUACAUUUAGGUCUUCACCCGAAAUUGCUCGUUCAUCGCGGACUGCGUCGGGCGUGGUCGUGACCUGCGUGGCAGUGGGUGGGCGAGUGCGAGUGGCAUGGGCGAUAACCGGCUUCAAUUUUCUUGGGCAGUCACACUGGUAGCGAGUAGCGUGGGCACACGAGGAGAGGGUCGCACGAUGCGACAAGCAGCAAGCAUGCGGGUUUUUGGGGGCGGGAGAGGUAGGGAGUUGGGAAGCUGUGCCAGCGCCCAGCGGGGAGGGAAGAGAAGCAAGUGGAGAUGGCAUGUGGAGGGGAGGUGAGCCCUGCACAUGCACUGACUGGGUGCGUAGGCAAAGAGACGAUGACUUGAAGAAAAUGGAUGGGAGGGGUAGGGUGGCGGGGCAGGGCGUUGACGGAGCUCUAGGCCUGACAGCAGCUUUGGUUGUUAUGUGUAUGUGUAUGUGUAGGGGCGGUUGGAAGUGAGGCGACUGACGUUUCAGGGCUGUUGUGGUUGUGCGCCUUGGAUUGCGCGCCGCAGGGGUUGCGGGCGGGCAACGCAUGCCGUACCGCUUGAGGGAGGCAAUGACUCUCAAGUCACCCUGGGGCACAGCCGAUCUCUUGUCAACUUCAUGACAGGAGCAGUACGUUGGACGCGGCACAAAUGAGAUUGGGGGCGGAGCACCCCUGGCAUCCAAAUUAUAUGAGUGGACGCGUGUGCAUCGAAGACCACCGGUUUCCCCAUGUGUUGCUGUCCCGUUGGCAGUGCGAGUGCCUGAGAGGGCAAUGUGCGGAUGUGAGACCGCGUGAUUUGAGUGCGAUGUUGGGCGCGAGAUGCGUGUGUCCUCGCACCCGGCACUCCAGCCUGCACUUUCUUGGUAGUCUUUAUGUCGCUGGGUGGUUGCGCGAGGCUUCAACCCGAGAAUUGCGUGUGCCGCCGCGACAGAUCGGGCGUACAGCCCAUAUCGCGCUUGUGCUUGGGCUACCUGAAUAUAUUUAGCAGCGCUGUGGGUUACGGUUGUCACUAGUUGUGUUGGAUGCGGCAUACGCCAGUUCUUUGCAUACGACUAGGGGAGCAGGCGGCUAGCAGGGGCAUGUGUGUGCGUGUGUGCGUGUGUGUAUGCCGCGGAGGCAAAUGAGAGCCGAGAGGGAGGCGACGUGAGGGAAGUCUGGGACAUGUAUGGAGCACGAGUGCUGCCCCCCGCCCCGGCGCGUGAAGAGCCAUUCUUUCUUUGCUUUGCUGUUGUCUCGCGCCCUGAUCAGGCUGGCAUGUCACUCCAUGCCCAUGGAUGAACGUGGCAUGAGUAAGCGGUCCCGCGCUGUUGUGUGGGCGCCCAGUUAUGUCUGUGGUGCAUGAAGGGUAUGCCUGUGAGUGAGGCUGCAGGGCGAAGGGCCUUCUAGGGCACGCUGGCACACGGUUUGCCCAUUCGGGCCAUGCAACGUGUGGCGCGUGGCGCGCAUGCACUCGGUUUGCGCUCCGCUGAAGAUUAAUGUGGGGGCAUAGAACCCUGAAGGCCUGAGCCUGCUGGAUGGGAGGUGUUCGGACUGGCCAAGCCCCCCAUUGACGUUCAUGGAUUGACCAGGGAGAGGGCUCAAGCUUGCACACUAGGCACAGCUCGGCAUUACCUGACCUGCAAGGGCCGCGCUUCGCGCUUGACCUGAAGAAUUCUAUCACUGUGUAAUCCGCAAGAAGU